AUGAUGGGGGAAAAGCCCCCCAACUCCAGCGAGAGCCAUCGAGCCUGGUUGGCAGCCAGGAACAGCAGCAGUAGCUCCUUGGACUUGGAGUCCGUGGUGCAGCCCCUUGCCUUGAACCCAUGGGAUGUUGUCCUCUGCAUCUCCGGGACCAUCAUCUCCUGUGAGAACGCUGUUGUGGUGGUGGUGAUCUCCUACAGCCCAGCUUUCCGGGCUCCCAUGUUCCUCCUCAUCGGCAGCUUGGCCACAGCAGACCUGCUGGCUGGGUUGGGCUUGAUCCUGCACUUUGCCUUUGUCUACCUCAUCCCAUCGGAGGUGAUCAGCCUGCUCACCAUGGGGCUCCUGGUCACCUCCUUCAUCGCCAGCGUCAGCAGCUUGCUGGCCAUCACCAUCGACCGCUACCUGUCCCUAUACAACGCCCUGACCUACUACUCGGAGAGGACAGUGACCAGGACUUACCUCAUGUUGAUCCUCACCUGGGGAGCCUCCAUUUGCUAUGGGCUCCUACCCAUCAUGGGCUGGAACUGCCUGAAGGAGCCCUCUGCCUGCAGCAUCGUCAAGCCCUUGACGAAGAACCACCUCAUCAUCCUCUCGGUCUCCUUCUUCCUGGUGUUCGCGGUGAUGCUGCAGCUCUACGUGCAGAUCUGCAGGCUCAUCCACCACCAUGCCCACCAGAUCGCCCUCCAGAGACACUUCCUGGCCACUUCCCACUACGUCACCACCCGGAAGGGCAUCGCCACCUUGGCCAUCAUCCUGGGCACCUUCGCCUCGUGCUGGUUGCCCUUUGCCAUCUACUGCCUGCUUGGGGACCACAGCUACCCGGCCCUCUACACCUAUGUCACCCUCCUCCCUGCCACCUACAACUCCAUGAUCAACCCCAUCAUCUAUGCCUUCAGGAACCAGGAGAUCCAGAGGGUGCUGUGGGCCGUGUGCUGCGGGUGCUUGUCCUCCACGGUGCCAUUCCGCUCCUGCUCCCCCAGUGACGUCUGA